AUCCCACAUUACUGGUUGGAACAAACCACAGAAUAAAUAACAACAUGGUUAUUUAUUCUGUGGAACAAACAUAAUGACGUGUUGUAUUUAGAAACUAGAGAAAUAUAUAUAUAAAAAAAAAAUUGAAAAAUCUUCUGGUACCUAUGUCAAAAGUCAAAGCCAAAUGUCAAAUGUCAAUCAUAAUUUUCUCUCUUUUUUUUGAUCGCUUGCUGAGCUAACGUGUUGUCGAUAACACAAAAAUAGUUUUAAUAUAAAAAAUGGGUUUCCAAAAUAUAUGGUACUCUCACCCCCGUAAAUAUGGACAAGGAUCCAGAUCAUGCCGUGCCUGCUCAAACAGACAUGGUCUCAUCCGUAAAUAUGGAUUGAACUUGUGCCGUCAAUGCUUCAGAGAAUAUGCUGGAGACAUAGGAUUCAAGAAGCUGGACUAAACAUCAAGGGAAUUUUUUAUAUACAAUGUUAAGUUAAUAAUAUAAAAAUAAAAGAUAAUUUUUA